ACUAGGAAGUAGCAGAGUCCGGAGCCAGCUCCGUCUGGCUCCAAGCCCCGGGCCCUGGGCCCUGAGCUCCUGCGGGCCCGGCCUCAGCCUGCUGAGGUCCCCGAGCCCGGGCCACAGGCAGGCGGGGCGGGCCCGGGCUCCAGCGACCCCAGCUGAAGAGGUUGGGAUUCGCGCGCCCGCGGUCCGGAAUGGGGUCUCUGCCCCUCCCCGGGGCGGUGGUCCAGUGACGUCACUGCCUCUUUAAGACCCCCGCCUCCGCCCGGGCCACACACUCGGCGGCUCCUACGAAUCCCGGUGGGCCUCUUCGCAGCUCCUGUCCCCCUCCACUUUGCCAUGGCUUCUGCCGGCCUGCAAAUCCUGGGGAUCAUCCUGACGCUGCUUGGCUGGGUGAAUGCCCUGGUGUCCUGUGCCCUGCCCCUGUGGAAGGUGACGGCCUUCAUCGGCAACAGCAUCGUGGUGGCCCAGGUGGUGUGGGAGGGGCUGUGGAUGUCCUGCGUGGUGCAGAGCACAGGCCAGAUGCAGUGCAAGGUGUACGACUCCCUGCUGGCGCUGCCCCAGGACCUGCAGGCUGCCCGCGCCCUCUGCGUCGUCGCCCUCCUCUUGGCCCUGCUCGGGCUGCUAGUAUACCUCGCGGGAGCCAAGUGCACCACCUGCGUGGAAGACAAGGACUCCAAGGCCCGUCUGGUGCUAGUCUCUGGGAUCAUCUUUGUCAUCUCAGGGGUCCUGACCCUGAUCCCUGUCUGCUGGACGGCCCACGCCAUCAUCCGGGAUUUCUACAACCCCCUCGUGUCAGACGCCCAAAAGCGGGAGCUGGGAGCCUCCCUCUACUUGGGCUGGGCAGCCUCUGGCCUUUUGUUGUUGGGUGGGGGGCUGCUGUGCUGCACCUGCCCCUCUGGGGGGGGCCGGAGCUCAAGUCAUUAUAUGGCCCGAUACUCAGCAUCUGCCGCACAUGCCACCUCUCCGUGUGCCCCCGAGUACCCCACUAAGAAUUAUGUCUAAUUCUCAGUCUAACCCCCUGAGCUGGAGAAAUCGUGAUGGUGAUUUAGACAGCUUUGGGCUUGUUUUUUAUCUUUUUUGCUUUUUGGGAGAGGGUUUUCUUUUCUUUUUUUUUUUUUUUUUUUAAUUCAUUUGAUAACCAAGAAACCCAAGUCUCUCAUGGGCUCUGCUGUUGGUAUUUCUCACCUUUGGAUGAGGGAACCAAGGAGGUGAUGCUUCAGAGUUUCUGGAUAUUUCUCCGCCCUGGACAUCCCCAUCGUGGAGGCCAGCCUGGAGCUGUGGUCCAACAUAAAGGCUGCCUGCUGUUCAGGUGCUUUCAGCCUGUCCCUUACUGGUUAGGCCUCUGGCUCUUGAGCAUUUAGAAGAGCAGAUGAUAAGUCACCAGAGAACUGCCCGCCUUCAAGUCUUCUGACCUCUGACUCCACUAUCUUGAGCCCUGUCCCAGCUGUGCUGUAGACCCCUGACCCUCUCACCUUCAGCCCCUGCACACUUCUGCCGUGCUUCCCCCACCACACACACGCACCAGUUUUGCUAAA